GCUUCUCUGUCAUGUGUCUCUUUAUCAGCAAAGCCAGGAGAGUGUCCAAGCAAAAAAAUUGGAGCAGAAACGUGUGACGAUUUGUGUCACUAUGACAGUGACUGUCCGAACAAUGAGAAAUGCUGCAGCAAUGGAUGUGGACAUCAGUGUAUGGCUCCAUUUGCAGUGAAGCCUGCAGCCGAACCUCCGAAGCCUCCAGUGAGGCCUGCAGCCGAACCGCCGAAGCCUCCAGUGAAGCCUGCAGCCGAACCUCUGAAGCCUCCAGUGAAGCCUGCAGUCGAACCUCCGAAGCCUCCAGUGAAGCCUGCAGUCGAACCUCCGAAGCCUGCAGUGAGGCCUUCCGACGAACUGUCCGAGCCCUCCGACGAACUACCAGAGCCUUCCGACGAACUGCCCGAGCCGCCAGCAGCCGAACCCACAAAGCCUCCCGUCAAGCCUGCAGUGAGGCCUUCCGACGAACUGUCCGAGCCCUCCGAACUGUCUGAGCCCUCUGACGAACUGCCCGAGCCGCCUGCAGCCGAACCCGCAAAGCCUCCUGCCAAGCCUCCUGUGAAGCCUGCAGCUGAACCCGCAAAGCCUCCUGUCAAGCCUCCAGUGAAGCCUGCUGCCGAACCUCCGAAGCCUGCAGUGAGGCCUUCCGACGAACUGUCUGAGCCUUCUGACGAACUACCGGAGCCUUCCGACGAACUGCCCGAGCCGCCUGCAGCCGAACCCGCAAGGCCUCCUGUCAAGCCUGCAGCCGAACCCGCAAGGCCUCCUGUCAAGCCUGCAGCCGAACCCGCAAGGCCUCCUGUCAAGCCUGCAGCCGAACCCGCAAGGCCUCCUGUCAAGCCUGCAGCCGAACCCGCAAAGCCUCCUGUCAAGCCUGCAGCCGAACCCGCAAAGCCUCCUGUCAAGCCUCCAGUGAAGCCUGCUGGUGAAUUGGCCAAGCCUCCUGUGAGUCACCCUUAUGGCUAA